UGUAAUUGGAUAUUUUAAAGUAUAAUGUAUAGAGCGUUAACUAGAUUUUAUGGAAAAGUUAAUUAAUUUAUCGUAAUAAGACACACUAUGAACAUGAUCAUGGAAUGUGUAUUAUGACCCUGCCUUCACUAUGACUCGACAUAGUAAGAAUAAUACCGCGAAUCCCAUAUUUACAUACCAUGAGAGAAAGAAUGUAAAGGAUUUUAACACACAAAGGCAGCGCUUAGGUGCUGAUUCCAUGAGAAGAUGCGAACAGUGUUGGCUUUGUCUAUCUACUGCUGAAAAGCCAGUGUCGACAUCACAUGGUUACGUCUACUGUAAGGAAUGUAUAUUGAAAUGCUUUGAAAAACAGAUGGAUGAAUACAAACGCGAACAUGAACGUUAUGUGAAGCUACAGCAAAUAGAUCAUAUGCGGAAGGUUGAAAAACUCGAAGAGUUACAGGAAAGCAAGAAGCGGCAGUUAAUAGACACCGGCGUAUACGGAAUAAGUGGCAUCAAGAAAUCCAAAGGUGAAGGAAAAGAGUCUACUGUAAAAGAUAGUAGCUUUUGGGUAGCCGGAGUAUCAGGAAAUUCAAAAGGGGACGAAACAUCUACAUCUUUACCUGAACCGCCAAAGAAGAUAUUAAGAUGCCCAAUUACAGGUAAACCCCUAAAGAUUAAAGAAUUAGUGGAUAUACAUCCAGAUCUUAGUGAAAAUACUGACAAUGGCGAUCCUAUAUGGAUAUGCUCUGUAUCGCAAAGACCUAUAGGUCAUAAAGAAGUCAUGCUAAAUCGAUCUACAGGACGGUUAGUGUUGCGACGAUAUAUUGAGGUAUGCAACGAUAUGGAUACAAAGUAUAUAAAGUUGAUUCCUGGAGGUACUGCAUUCUCCGCCCACAAUAAUGUCAUUGCUAAGAAAUACAGAGAGGCCUUGCUUUGAUCAUACUGUGGUUUUACAACACCUGUAUCUUAAUGUUUAUUUGGCUUCAAUAUGAAAAACGGUAUUCCCU